AAAGCUUGUGUGGUGUGGAGAAUUUUCGCGGCCUUCGGAGUGUCUUUCUUAUGUGCCUGGACCUGGAAUAAACAGGACUUCUCCGACAGAAAAAAAACAUUGGAUAGAAACAAACGGAGGUCUCUGGAUGAUUAAAUGGUGCUGGAGAACUGCUGUCCCAAAUGAGCCACAUCACUUGGAAAAUAUGUAAAGAGGAAAAGUGACCAAGUUUGCCAGAGUUUUUCUUGAUUGUUUUCUUGAGAAAAUGGCCUACUCAAAUUAUAGCACCUUAAACCGUGCUCAGCUCACCUUUGAGUACCUGCACACAAACUCGACUACACAUGAGUUUCUUUUUGGAGCUUUGGCUGAGCUUGUGGACAACUCAAGAGAUGCAAAUGCUACAAGGAUUGACAUAUAUACAGAGAAAAGACCAGACCUUCGAGGAGGUUUCAUGCUUUGCUUCUUGGAUGAUGGGACUGGAAUGGAUCCCAGCGAAGCAACACAUGUCAUUCAGUUUGGCAAGUCCAGCAAGAGGUUUCCAGAGUCUACUCAUAUUGGCCAGUAUGGAAAUGGUCUGAAGUCGGGUUCUAUGCGUAUUGGCAAAGACUUCAUCCUCUUCACAAAGAAAGAUGACAAAUUAACGUGUUUAUUUUUGUCCCGGACGUUUCAUGAAGAGGAGGGGCUGGAUGAGGUCAUCGUUCCGUUACCAAGUUGGGAAGUGAAGACCCAGCAGCCUCUUACUCAAGACCCAGAGAAGUAUGCGAUUGAGACAGAACUUAUCUUCAAAUAUUCUCCUUUCAAAAGUGAAGAGCAGCUCUUCCAGCAGUUCAAGAAAAUUGAGGGGCCAAGUGGUACUCUGGUUAUAGUUUACAAUCUGAAGCUAAUGGACAACAGAGAGCCUGAGCUGGACGUGCAGACAGAUCACCAAGACAUACUGAUGGCAGGCACACCCGUGGAAGGAGUGAAGCCUGAGAGGCGGUCGUUCCGUGCCUACGCCGCUGUUCUCUACAUUGAUCCCCGAAUGAGAAUCUUUAUUCAGGGGCACAAAGUCAGGACCAAGAGGCUCUCCUGCUGCUUGUAUAACCCUAGGAUGUACAAAUACACAUCAACACGUUUUAAAACCCGUGCAGAGCAAGAAGUAAAGAAAGCUGAUCAUCUCGCAAAGCUCGCUGAGGAGAAGGCUAGAGAAGCAGAGAGUAAGGCACGCGCUCUGGAGUUGAAAUUGGGGGACGAUCUAUCCAAAGAGGCCCGGACUGCUUUGAGGAAGGCCCAAGAUUCAGCUGGAGCAUUACGUGCAGAAGCAAACAGGAAACAAGCCAUUCACGCAUCGAAACAGAAAGCACUGAAGGAGCCCAAAGAGCUGAACUUCAUCUUUGGCGUGAACAUCGAGAGACGGGACCAGGACGGCAUGUUCAUCUACAACUGCAGUCGCCUCAUUAAGAUGUACGAGAAGACUGGGCCGCAGCUAGAGGGCGGAAUGGCAUGUGGGGGUGUAGUAGGUGUCGUAGAUGUUCCCUAUCUUGUGCUGGAGCCAACACACAACAAGCAAGACUUUGCAGAUGCUAAAGAGUACAGACACUUACUUAGAGCUAUGGGAGACUAUCUAGCUCAGUACUGGAAGGACAUUGGUAUAGCCCAGAAAGGUAUAGUGAAGUUCUGGGAUGAGUUUGGGUAUCUGUCCGCCAACUGGAAUGCUGCACCUUCAAAUGACAUCAGGUUUCGGCGGCGCCGAGCUAUGGAGAUCCCUGUAACGAUACAGUGCGAUAAAUGUCUGAAGUGGCGUACACUGCCCUUUCAGAUGGAUGCUGUUGAUAAGCGUUACCCAGAUAGCUGGGUCUGCCUCAUGAACCCUGAUGGCGCACAGGACAGGUGUGAUGCCCCUGAACAGAAGCAGAAUUUACCUAUUGGUAUUUUGAGGAAAGACACCAAAACCUCAGAAGACAAACAGAAAGAGCUGUCUGAGAAAAUUCGUCAGCAACAAGAGAAAUUAGUGGCACUACAGAAAACCACCACUGUAAAGUCCGCAGCAGAUGUGAAACAGGUUCCUUUAGAAGCCAGUGCAAAGCCAGUGGAGGAGCGUAUGGCACAGACUGCCACUCGGUCUUCCCAACGCACGGCAGCUCGGCCCCGUUCUCCCCCACUUCCCGCUGUGGUCAAAAAGGCUGUCAGUCAGUCACCUGUAACUAAAGCCCCGCCCCCUAAGACGACACCACCGUCUCGUCCCUCUAGAACUCAGCCGGCGCCUGUCCUUCCAGCCAAGGCUAAGACACCACCCUCCCCACCCCCCAGAUCAGUGAAGGCCACCACUAGAGCCACUAGCACACCUCCACCUUCAAAAGCACCAGCUCGCAGGAGUGCAACCCAGACUCGCACUACAACACUGUCCUCCACAAAGACAGCCAACAGACAUACCUCAGUUAGCAAGAGGGGAAGCACCACGAGGGGUAAAGCGCAAGCAGAUGAUGAUGAGGAGGAGGAGGAAGAAACGGAAGAGGAAGAGGAAGAAGAAGAAGAAGAAGAGGAGGAAGAGAGUGCAGAGGAGGAAGAGCCACAACCCAAGAAAUCCAAACUAGCAGCACCUGUCCAGAGUCGUGGGAAGGGAGCAGUAGUGGUGGAUAAAAAGGUCCCACCAGCCAAACAAGCCAACAGCACAGAGCGAGUCAGCAAUAGCACUGAAGAAGAUUUAAAGCAAGACACAGUAAAAAAUGCCCACAAAGAUAAAGGUUUACAGGUAGAGGCAAAGGUGAAUGGAGAGUGGUUUACUGGCCGGGUGACUGCAGUAGAGACAGGGAAAGAAAGUGUGCGUUGGAAAGUGAAGUUUGAUUACGUCCCAAUGAACACUCCCCGAGACCGUUGGGUAUUUAAAGGUAGUGAUGAGGUCCGCCUCAUGCGUCCUGCCUCGCCAGAGUCACGGAGUCCAGACACCAAUCAGGGCUCAGCACGGUCUGUGACUCCACCCACUGCAGCAGAACCUGAUACGACCCAGAGUGGUCCAAGCAGGGAAACCUCAGAGGGCCUUGUCACCAUGAUGAGGACGCUGCUGCGGUACUUUUUCCCACCUGAUUUCCGAAUCCCAAAAGACUCACUCAACACUAUGAGUGCUGAGGAGCUUGUGGCUUUCCCUAUUAAAGAGUAUUUCCAGCAGUACGAGGCAGGGCUGCAGAGUCUGUGUAAUUCGUACCAGACGCGUGCCGAGUCUCGAGCUCGUGCCGUGGAGGAGAAGAGUAGCGGCGCGGAAACCAAACUCCGCGAGUCCGAGGAGAAGCUCCGCAAGCUCCGAACCAACAUUGUUGCACUGUUGCAGAAAGUCCAGGAGGAUAUUGAGAUCAGCAGCGAUGAUGAGCUGGAUGCGUACAUAGAGGAUCUGGUCACCAAGGGCGAAUGAAACACUGCAGCUGUUACACCGUCUCUCAUUUUUGUUACUCCGUCUCUUGUUCUCCCUCAUUUUAACUUCCUCUCGAUUUCAGUAUCUCUCUUUGUUUAUCUGAGUUCGGUUCAUUAUGCGUUCUGUUGGCUGAUUAGAAGAUGACUCAUUUUCUUUCUGUACUUUUUUUCUCAUCCUCUGUUACCACCUUAAAUUUACAGAUCUGCGCCAGCAGUACUUUUAAAUGAUACAUUCGGACAUAAAGGCUCCUUCCCCUAGCUAAUUAACAUACUAUACACAUAUUUUGAGCUUACGGACCAAAGGAGCGAAGAAGCUGCAUAUUUUACAGGUUCCACAGUAAGUCACCUUUGUUUAUCAGUUCAUUUUUAUUUCCCUUAUUGCUGUCUUGUUGAGUAUUUUAUUUGGGAGGUAUUGAGGCAGCAGUGCAAGGCCUCGUUGACAGCUCGGAAUAUCUCCACUGUUUCAGUAUGGGCUUUCAGCAUUUGAAGCAUAAGAACUACUGUCACAAAGAAGGAUCUUAGCAAAACAGUAUGACUGUAAGUGGAUGCGGAGAACGUCUUCUCUUAUCCCAGGUCGCUGCUACAGUUUUUGCCCAAUGCCUGUGUCUUUCAUGCAUGAGUGUGGGGUCCAGUCCAACGGAUUUUCUCCUUUUUGAAUAAAUCUAAUACUGUUUACCCACUUGUUCACAACAAUUACUCGCCAUCUUUAUAUCUAAGUAUAUUUUUUAAACAGUUUUAAGAAAAUGAUCCAAUAAAAUUUAGGAUAUAUAUUAAGUUUUGUGGUGUUUUGUUGUUGAACAAGAUGGUCAGUAUGUUUAAAGUAAGGUUUGAAGCAUAAUGCACAAGUCUAUGAUUUUAUUAAUCUUAAUACAAGAGGUUAAACCUUAAUACAACUUCAGGUUCUAAACCGUCAAUCAGUAUCUAAAUUUACUGCUUUGUAAAAUGCCCUUAUUGUUUGGAUCAGUGUGUCAAAAUCUUUUAGCUUGACACGUAAAGCUCACAUUGCAAAUGCCAAGUAACAAUAACUUGAUAAAUAGCAGUUGUACAUGUUUAAAAACAUGUCAUUUAGAACUGCAUGAUUUGCUUACAUGAUGUAUUGGUUCUAUUUCACUAAGGCCAAAAACACUAUUUUUCAUAUUUGACCAUUUGCUAAGCCAAGGAAACUUUGUUCAAUGUUCAGAUUACAAUGGCAUUAUUUAUAAAUUAAUAUACAUUUGGGUAAUUUCUGGUAACACGUUAAAUAAACCCAUUGAUGUAUCAACACAUUUUAUGUUGGAAUAAAUGCAUUUAUAUUAUGUUA